AUGAGGUAUGUAAAUAAGCUACUGAAAGCAACCGCCAACACUCAUGAUCCUUGCGCUAACAUGAUCUCGUAUCAAAAACGACGCACACUUCUACUCUCGCAAUUUCUUGGCCCCAACAAACCCCUCGGGGUCGUCAAUUACUCCGAAGACCCGUCUGGUGACUCGUAUGCAGCUCCUCCGGCUAUAUUAAAUGUUCGACCGCCCACGGCCGAGUCUUCAAUACCUACCAUCGCAUCUCCAACCUAUGACGGCGGGUACGACAUCAUGCAAAGCGGCGGAGGGUUCGGGAACAGCCAUGCUGACAGCAUGGGCAUGCAUAGUCCUUCAACAACGCUAAAUGCGCCUUACAACAGAGAUAGCGCAAGAUUGUCACUGGCUUUGGAUCGGAUGCAAUCAGCUUCAUCGUAUGAUUCACUCUUUCUCCCCAAGCCUCCGAUCCCAGGCGGUCCGCCGCCCCCGGAGGACUCAAGAACCGCGACUUUGAUGAGCCAAAACUACGCUUUCAAUCCAGAUGCUCAACCCGAAUACAUGGAUGAUGGUAUGGGGGCCUUUGAUCCUGCCUCCGGCGGAGUCACUCGACAAUCAACUAUGCUUGACUCACAACAGGGAUUCUUCUCCGACUUUGCUGGACAACAGCGCGAAGAUUAUCGAGAGAGCUAUGGUGGUGGGUUUCAUCGCUAUUCCCAGUCAGGGGAGGCCUUCUCGCCCACUGUCAAUAUGGUCCCGCCAUUCAUCCCACCUUCUGAACUGGCUCAUGGGCCAGCUAUCGAACAUCUGUUGCCUCUAGAACCCCGUGAUAUCCCUUUCUCUAUUAACGACCCACAUGACAAGAACAUUCCAAUGUCAAAUUUCGAAAACCUUCCCGCCGUCCUGCGCUACCGUGCUCGUAUUCAUGCAAAGCAGCCUGCUUACUGGGUGCUUGAUAACAAAGGAAAGGAGAUUGCCUCGAUAACGUGGGAUAAGCUGGCUAGUCGGGCAGAAAAGGUUGCGCAGGUGAUCCGUGACAAGAGCAAUCUAUACCGUGGAGACCGUGUGGCUCUGAUUUACCGCGAAGCUGAGAUCAUCGAAUUCGCCGUCGCUCUCAUGGGUUGCUUCAUUGCAGGGGUUGUUGCUGUUCCAAUCAACAGCUUGGACGACUACCAAAGCCUCAACCUGGUGCUCACCUCGACCCAGGCCCAUCUAGCCUUGACCACUGAGAACAACUUGAAGGGUUUCCAACGUGACAUCACCACACAGAAACUGAACUGGCCACGAGGCGUCGAGUGGUGGAAGACGAAUGAAUUCGGAAGCUUUCAUCCCAAGAAGAAGGACGACACUCCUGCUCUUGUAGUUCCGGACCUGGCAUACAUCGAAUUUGCGAAGGCCCCAACAGGUGAUACGCGCGGUGUUGUAAUGAGCCAUAGAACUAUCAUGCACCAGAUGGCCUGCCUGAGCGCAAUCAUAUCGACAAUACCCAACGAAAAUAGGACAAUUGGGGCCAAAGGCGAAACGAUCGUCACUUAUCUUGACCCAAGACAAGGAAUUGGUAUGAUUUUGGGUGUUCUACUCACUGUAUAUGGCGGACAUACAACCGUCUGGCACGAGGACCGCGCUGUAGAAACACCUGGUUUAUAUGCUCACAUCGUCACCAAAUAUCGGGCAACGAUCAUGGCUGCCGACUACUCUGGACUCAAGAUUGCCGCCUACAACUACCAGCAGGACCCAAUGUCAACACGUCAUUACAAGAAGAAUACUGAACCCAAUUUCGGGAGUGUCAAGAUUUGCUUGAUCGAUACACUCACCCUCGAUCCCGAAUUCCACGAGAUUCUAGCCGACAGAUGGCUGCGACCUAUGAGAAACCCACGGGCAAGAGAAAUCGUCGCACCGAUGCUCUGCUUACCUGAGCAUGGCGGCAUGGUCGUCAGUGUUCGUGAUUGGCUAGGUGGCGAAGAAAGAAUGGGAUGUUCUUUAACCCAUGAUAUGGACCCAGCGGCACGGGACAACGCCCAAAAGGAGGAAGAAAAGGCUGAAAAGUCUGACACCAACACCGGGUUUGGUAGCAGUCUGCUAGGUGGUGGCUCUCGUGUCACUGUGGCCAAGAAGAAUACAAAAAACGAAUUGAGUGAAGUUCUUCUCGAUAAAGAAGCUUUGAAGAGCAAUGAGGUUGUUGUUCUAGCCAUGGGUGAAGACGCUCAAAAGUACGCCAGCAGUAUGCCAAAUGCUGUUCGUGUUGGAGCCUUUGGCUACCCGAUUCCGGAUGCAACUCUUUGCGUUGUCGACCCGGAGACGAAUCUCUUGUGUACACCCAAUGUUAUUGGAGAGAUUUGGGUAGAUUCCCCAUCCCUAUCCGGAGGAUUCUGGGCCUUGCCGAAACAUACCGAGGCGAUUUUCCACGCCCGUCCUUACAAGUUUGAAGAGGCCAACCCGACUCCCAUCCUUGUCGAGCCCGAGUUCUUGCGAACAGGCUUGUUAGGAUGUAUUAUCGAGGGAAGAAUCUUUGUGUUGGGUCUGUAUGAGGACCGACUGCGCCAAAAGGUAGAAUGGGUAGAACACGGCCAAGAGAUCGUCGAGCACAGAUAUUUCUUCGUUCAACAUCUGACUGUCAGUUUGCUGAAGAAAGUACCCAAGAUUCACGACUGUACUGCAUUUGAUGUGUUCGUCAAUGACGAGCAUUUACCAGUGAUCGUGUUGGAAUCCUAUGCCGCCUCAACGGCACCUACAACUUCAGGUGGUCCUCCACGGCAACUAGACUCGGUUCUUCUCGAUUCUUUGGCAGAGAGGUGUAUGGAAGUUCUUCUUCAAGAGCAUCACCUUCGCGUUUAUUGUGUUCUCCUGGCAGCGCCAAACACUCUGCCUCGUGUGACAAAGAGCGGGCGACAAGAGAUCGGCAACAUGCUCUGCCGCAAAGAGUUUGAAGCCGGUAUGAUGCAGGCAGUGCAUGUCAAAUUUGGCGUUGAACGAUCUGUAUUGAAUCUGCCUGUCGGUGUCGACCCCGAGGGAGGCAUCUGGUCCCCUAUUGCGUUGUCUUCGAGACAAGAGAUCCUCGCCUAUCAAGAGAAACAGUAUUCUGGAGUGGACUAUCGUGAUGUCGUGAUGGAUGAUCGCACAUCUACACCUCUCAACAAUUUCAAGUCCAUUGUCGACCUCCUCCAAUGGCGUGUUCAGCGCCAAGCUGAAGAAUUGGCAUAUUGUUCUAUUGACAGUCGUGGAAAAGAAGGCAAGGGCAUUACAUGGAAGAAGUUUGAUAUGAAGGUCUCAGCUGUUGCGACCUAUUUGAAGAACAAGGUGAAGGUUCGACCCGGUGAUCAUCUUAUAUUGAUGUAUACCCACUCCGAGGAGUACAUUUAUGCCAUCCAUGCCUGCUUUUGUAUGGGUGUCGUCGCUAUUCCAUUGGCGCCGAUUGAUCAAAACCGCCUCUCUGAGGAUGCCCCUGCAUUCCUGCACAUAAUCAGCGAUUUCAAUGUGAAGGCCAUCAUCGUGAAUAAUGAUGUUGACCAUGUCAUGAGGCAAAAGCUUGUCUCACAGCACAUCAAGCAGUCUGCACAAGUUCUUCGGAUCAGUGUCCCCUCCAUUUACAACACCACCAAGCCAUCAAAACAGUCUCAUGGCUGCCGUGAGCUUGGAUAUACCAUGAAGGAUGCCUGGCUUCAAUCCAAGGCUGCGCUAGUGUGGACCUACUGGACACCGGACCAGCGUCGUAUUUCUGUUCAGAUAGGACAUGACACAAUACUUGGAAUGUGCAAGGUUCAAAAGGAGACAUGUCAAAUGACAAGCAUGAGACCGGUCCUAGGCAGUGUACGGAGUACUUUGGGUCUUGGUUUCCUCCACACUUGCUUGUUGGGUAUCUACAUUGGUGCUCCUACCUAUCUCGUCUCACCCGUCGAUUUUGCUCAAAACCCCAUGACCCUCUUUGUGAGUCUCUCGCGAUACAAGAUCAAGGAUACAUAUGCCACUAGUCAAAUGUUGGACUAUGCAAUGAGUGCUAUGGCAGGAAAGGGCUUCCAGCUGCAAGAGCUUAAGAACCUGAUGAUCUCAGCGGAGGCCCGGCCUAGAGUACGAUUGCACUUCGCCUCCGCUGGCCUAGAUCGUACUGCAAUCAAUGUUGUGUAUUCACAUGUCCUCAACCCCAUGAUUGUGACCAGGUCCUACAUGUGCAUUGAGCCGAUUGAGCUAUCUUUGGAUCUUCGAAGCUUGCGUCGCGGCUUGAUCUACCCUGUGGAUCCCGACUCAGACCCCUCUGCUCUUUUGGUUCAAGAUUCUGGAAUGGUCCCAGUCAACACACAGAUCGCGAUCGUGAACCCAGAAACAUGUACCCUAGCUCAUGUGGGAGAGUAUGGUGAAAUCUGGGUUCAGUCGGAUGCCUGUGCUACUGGCUUCUACCGAUCAAAUAAUGAAUUUGAUGCAGAGAGAAUGAAUGGCCGAGUUGCCGAUGGCGACCCCAACGUGCCUUAUGUUCGCACUGGAGAUCUGGGCUUCCUUCACACUGUUACUCGGCCCAUCGGGCCUGGAGGUCAGUCUGUCGAAAUGCAAGUGCUUUUCGUUUUGGGGAGUAUUGGCGAAACUUUUGAGGUCAAUGGUCUCAACCAUUUCCCAAUGGAUAUCGAGUCCUCGGUGGAAAAAUGCCACCGCAACAUUGUCAAUGGAGGAUGUGCUAUCUUCCAAGCUGGUGGCUUCAUUGUAGUUGUGGUUGAAGUUACUCGAAAGGCGUUCCUGGCAUCUCUCGUUCCCGUCAUCGUGGACGUGAUUCUCAAUGAGCACCAAGUCGUGGCCGACAUCGUAGCCUUUGUAUCAGCAGGUGACUUCCCUCGCUCACGUCUAGGCGAAAAGCAACGUGGAAAGGUUCUAGCAUCAUGGGUUACCCGAAAGUUGCGCACGAUUGCCCAAUUCAGCAUCCGUGACAUCGAGGGUGAAAAUCCAUUUGCCGAGCUACCCCAACAUCGUGCUAGUCGAAGUUCCAAGCCCGGAAGCAUGGUGGGCAACAGCGUUCGGCAGUCGACAAUGAACCGCGAUAGCGAGAUCAUGGCGUCCCGACCCCCAGCCGGAGUAGUUCUUGACGAGACUUAUGUGCCUCAAGAGUCUUUACAAGUCCACCAAGAAAUUCCGCCGCCAGUUCUUCCGGAGCUUGACUCUCUCGAUCACCCAGAUGCAGCGGCCGCUAUACCUUAUAUUGAGGAGCCAAGGUCUGCUAUCUUUACCGCUGAACAUGAUGACUUUUUCAACACUGCAGACCCUGGUCACGAUCAGGCCGCAGGAGGCCGUGAUUUCCGUUUUAAAUCUCUUACUAGUAGCCAGAUCAAUGCAAUCUACGGCGAUGAAGUAGGCUCCUCCCACGAUGAAAUGCCCCGUUCAGGCACUAAUGAGAGUGGAGUACUUGACGACUGGCCACAAGAGGCCCUAAAGUACCAGUCUAACUUGAGCGAGGCAGUUGCACGGAAGCCCCUCGAUUAA